CUGGGUUGGAGUGCACAGGUUGAGAGCCAGGGACUCAUCUCUGUUGCUGAAACUUCAGCCCGAGAUCUUUCUAAUUAGGUUUCUGGCCUUCUUCCCACAGGCGUGCGGCUGGGACGGUGCUGGCCUGAGCUGGACCUUGUCUGAUGGCUUCCUCCAACCCACCUCCGCAGCCUGCCAUAGGAGAUCAGCUGGUUCCCAGAGUCCCAGGCCCCUCCCCCGAGCCGGAGGACGACCCUGGAGAAGCCUUUGAGUUUGAUGACAGUGAUGAUGAAGAGGACACCAGCACAGGCCUGGGUGUUCCCGGCCUGCCUCCCGAGAGGGACGCAGACCCUCCCCUGAUCCACUUGGACUCCCCUGCUGUCACUGACCCAGACCCAGCAGCCGAGCCGCCUGGCACAGAGGUGCCGGCCGUGGUGAGCAAUGGGGACGCGGUGGACGCAGCCUGCUCUGGGGUGCGGCGCUCCAGCUGGAAGCGGAAGAGCUCCCGUCGCAUCGACCGGUUCACUUUCCCCGCCCUGGAAGAAGAUGUGAUUUAUGACGACGUCCCCUGCGAGAGCCCGGAUGCCCAUCAGCCCGGGGCGGAGAGGGGCCUGCUGUACGAGGAUGUGCGCCGGGACGGGGCGCCGCGGGAGGCGGAGGACCUAGGCUGGAGCUCCAGCGAGUUUGAGAGCUACAGCGAGGGCUCUGGGGAGGACACCAAGCCGGAGGUCGAGCCCACCAAGCACCGAGUGUCCUUCCAGCCCAAGAUGACCCAGCUCAUGAAGGCCGCCAAGAGCGGGACCAAGGAUGGGCUGGAGAAGACGAGGAUGGCCGUCAUGCGCAAGGUCUCCUUUCUGCACAGGAAGGACGUCCUCGGUGACUCUGAGGAGGAGGACAUGGGGCUCCUGGAGGUCAGUGUCUCGGACAUCAAGCCCCCAGCCCCGGAGCUGGGCCCCAUGCCAGAUGGCCUGAGCCCUCAGCAGGUGGUCCGGAGGCACAUCCUGGGCUCCAUCGUACAGAGCGAAGGCAGCUACGUGGAGUCUCUGAAGCGGAUACUCCAGGAUUACCGCAACCCCCUGAUGGAGAUGGAGCCCAAGGCGCUGAGCGCCCGCAAGUGCCAGGUGGUGUUCUUCCGCGUGAAGGAGAUCCUGCACUGCCACUCCAUGUUCCAGAUCGCCCUGUCCUCCCGCGUGGCCGAGUGGGACUCCACCGAGAAGAUCGGGGACCUGUUCGUGGCCUCAUUCUCCAAGUCCAUGGUGCUAGACGUGUACAGCGACUACGUGAACAACUUCACCAGCGCCAUGUCCAUCAUCAAGAAGGCCUGUCUCACCAAGCCUGCGUUCCUCGAGUUCCUCAAGCGGCGGCAGGUGUGCAGCCCAGACCGCGUCACCCUCUACGGGCUGAUGGUGAAGCCCAUUCAGAGGUUCCCACAGUUCAUCCUCCUGCUUCAGGACAUGCUGAAGAACACCCCCCGGGGCCACCCCGACAGGCUGUCGCUGCAGCUGGCCCUCACGGAGCUGGAGACGCUGGCCGAGAAGCUGAACGAGCAGAAGCGGCUGGCCGACCAGGUGGCCGAGAUCCAGCAGCUGACCAAGAGUGUCAGUGACCGGAGCAGCCUCAACAAGCUGUUGACCUCGGGCCAGCGGCAGCUGCUCCUGUGUGAGACGUUGACGGAGACCGUGUAUGGUGACCGCGGGCAGCUGAUCAAGUCCAAGGAGCGCAGGGUCUUCCUGCUCAAUGACAUGCUGGUCUGUGCCAACAUCAACUUCAAGCCUGCCAACCACAGGGGCCAGCUGGAGAUCAGCAGCCUGGUGCCCCUGGGGCCCAAGUACGUGGUGAAGUGGAACACGGCGCUGCCCCAGGUGCAAGUGGUGGAGGUGGGCCAGGACGGCGGCGCCUACGACAAGGACAACGUGCUCAUCCAGCACGCGGGCGCGAAGAAGGCCUCUGCCUCGGGGCAGGCCCAGAAUAAGGUGUACCUCGGCCCCCCGCGCCUCUUCCAGGAGCUACAGGACCUGCAGAAGGACCUGGCCGUGGUGGAGCAGAUAACACUCCUCAUCAGCACGCUGCACGGUACCUACCAGAACCUGAACAUGGCCGUGGCUCAGGACUGGUGCCUGGCGCUGCAGAGGCUGAUGCGGGUGAAGGAGGAGGAGAUCCACUCGGCCAACAAGUGCCGCCUCAGGCUCCUGCUUCCCGGGAAACCCGACAAGUCCGGCCGCCCCAUCAGCUUCAUGGUGGUCUUCAUCACCCCCAACCCCCUGAGCAAGAUCUCCUGGGUCAACAGGCUGCAUUUGGCCAAAAUCGGACUCCGGGAGGAGAACCAGCCGGGCUGGCUGUGUCCGGACGAGGACAAGAAGAGCAAAGCCCCGUUCUGGUGCCCGAUCCUGGCCUGCUGCGUCCCCGCCUUCUCCUCUCGGGCCCUCAGCCUGCAGCUCGGGGCCCUGGUCCACAGUCCUGUCAGCUGUCCCCUGCUGGGCUUCUCGGCAGUCAGCACCUCCCUUCCACAGGGCUACCUCUGGGUCGGGGGCGGGCAGGAGGGCGCCGGGGGCCAGGUGGAGAUUUUCUCCCUGAACCGGCCCUCGCCCCGCACCGUCAAGUCCUUCCCGCUGGCAGCCCCUGUGCUCUGCAUGGAGUACAUCCCGGAGCCGGAGGAGGAUGCAGAGAGUGGGGAUGCGAGCCGGGCAGCUGCUGACCCCUCGGCCGCGGCGCAUCCGACCAUCUGCCUGGGGCUCCAGGAUGGCAGCAUCCUGCUCUACGGCAGCGUGGACACCGGCACCCAGUGCCUGGCGACCUGCAGGAGUCCAGGCCUGCAGCCCGUGCUCUGCCUGCGGCACAGCCCCUUCCACCUGCUUGCCGGCCUGCAGGACGGGACCCUCGCUGCCUACCCUCGGGCCAGUGGAGGAGUCCUGUGGGACCUGGAGAGCCCUCCCGUGUGCCUGACUGUGGGGCCAGGGCCCAUCCGCACCCUGCUGAGCCUGGAGGACGCUGUGUGGGCCAGUUGUGGGCCCCGGGUCACUGUCCUGGAUGCCACCACCCUGCAGACUCAGCAAAGCUUCGAGGCGCACCAGGAUGAGGCGGUGAGCGUGACGCACAUGGUGAAGGCGGGCAGCGGCGUCUGGAUGGCGUUCUCCUCGGGCUCCUCCAUCCGCCUCUUCCACACCGAGACCCUGGAGCACCUGCAGGAGAUCAACAUCGCCACCAGGACCACCUUCCUCCUGCCAGGCCAGAAGCACUUGUGUGUCACCAGCCUCCUGAUCUGCCAGGGUCUGCUCUGGGUGGGCACUGACCAGGGUGUCAUCGUCCUGCUGCCUGUGCCUCGACUGGAGGGCAUCCCCAAGAUCACAGGGAAGGGCAUGGUCUCGCUCAAUGGUCACUGUGGGCCUGUGGCCUUCCUGGCGGUGGCGACCAGCAUCUUGGCCCCUGACAUCCUGCGGAGCGACCAGGAGGAGGCUGAGGGGCCGCGGGCUGAGGAGGACAAGCCGGACGGGCAGGCUCACGAGCCAGUACCUGUGCCCGACAGCCACGUGGGCCGAGAGCUGACCCGGAAGAAGGGCAUCCUCCUGCAGUACCGCCUGCGCUCCACGGCCCACCUCCCCGGCCCGCUGCUCUCCAUGCGGGAGCCGGUGCCCGCCGACGGCUCAGCCCUGGAGCACAGCGAGGAGGACGGCUCCAUCUACGAGAUGGCCGACGACCCCGACGUCUGGGUGCGCAGCCGGCCCUGCGCCCGCGACGCCCACCGCAAGGAGAUCUGCUCCGUAGCCAUCAUCUCCGGCGGGCAAGGCUACCGCAACUUCGGUGGCGCCCUGGGCGGCAGCGGGAGGCCGGCCCCGUGUGGGGAGACGGACAGCACCCUCCUCAUCUGGCAGGUGCCCUUGAUGCUAUAGCCCCCAGCCCAGCCCCGGUGGGCACAGCGCAGGCCUGACCGCGGCCGGGCCAUGCCGGGCUCUGCUCGGUCCCCAGGCAGUGCUGGGAAGACUUGCGUUCCAGGGAUCUGCCCGGGGCGUGCGGACAGGCCUGGAUUCUCCAGGACCGACUCUGGCAGGGUGAAGGACAAACCUCUUCUUUUUAAAAAUAUUUUUUUUUUUCAGAGUGUUUUGGGGAGGGGUUUUAGGGUUAGGGGAGACGGAGGACACAUCCGGAGGAAAUGGCCUUCUUUUUAAAAGCAAAAAACACAAAACCUCACAACUGCCUGGCAAGCCCAGCACCACCUGUCCGGGCCCGCUCGGGGCUCCCAGGCAGCCGCGCGCCCCUGCUGCAGGUGUGCGCGUGAGUGUGUGCGAGCGUGUGGGCUGCGUGUGAAUAUAUAUAAAUACAUAUAUAUGGUGUACAUUCUAUGUGUAUAAAUAAAGUCUGUACAUAUUGGCGCUCUGGGAGAUGCUGGAAUAAAUGGCGAGAGUCACAUCGGUACUUGGA